UAUAAUAAUAAUAUAUGAAAGACGAAGCUUAGUCAACUUCAACAUCUUUCCUCCUUCCUUACUUGGGAACCUCCGCCCAACACCUUCGGAUCUCCCAUCUUCCACGAAAAUGAGUUCAAGAAGAGGCGGUGGUAGACCUUUCACUACGUCAACCAAUGAUGAUGAUUCUUCUUCCAGAGUAUCGGAAUCUCUUCCAAAAGUUGAGCAAGUAGCUCAAAGUGUGGCUGAUGUUAACCUUGAGUCAGGACAAGAUGAUGGUGAAUGGGUGGUAUAUGCAAAGAAAUCCAAGAACAAAGCCAGAAGCAGUGCUGCAAAACCGUGGAGUCCUCCGGUUCAUAAUUCUAGAGUUCGAAAUCCAGUUACUCAGAAUGAUGGAGGAUUUGGAAGAGCUUCUGGGAGUGGAAAUCCUUGGCAUUCCCAAAAUGCUAACUUGAAGAAACCUGCUGGCAGAGGAAAUGGGAGGCCCCAGAUAACUGCAAGUGAAUCUGAAAGCUACAAUGUGUCUUCUAACCCGUUAAUUCGACCUCCCCUGGAGCAUGGGUGGAAUUGGCAAUCUAGAACUGGUUCCAAGCAGACCAAGAGUGUUGAUGAUAGCCUGGUAACAGAAGAGUCUCCUGUGAAGAAUGAUAGUGUUGAUGAUGAAGGGGAGGACGGGUUUGAUGGUAUGGAAGACACGGAUGAUGAUUUGGCGAGCGAUGAUUAUGAUUCUGACACUAGUCAAAAGAGCCUCGAGACUCGUAAGAAGAGCAAGUGGUUUAAGGAUUUCUUUGAGAAUUUGGAUGGCCUGUCUAUUGAAAAGAUCAAUGAACAAGAAAGGCAGUGGCACUGUCCUGCUUGUAAGGGUGGUCCUGGUGCUAUUGAUUGGUACAAUGGGCUGCAGCCUCUGUUGACUCAUGCCAAGACAAAGGGGUCAAAAAGGGUCAAGAUCCAUAGGGAGUUUGCUGAGCUUUUGGAUGAGGAAUUGUGCAGAAGAGGUUCUGCAGUGAUUCCAUCUGGCGAAGUAUUCGGCAAAUGGAAAGGCUUAAAAGAUGAAGAAAAAGAUCAUGAGAUCGUUUGGCCUCCCAUGGUUGUCAUACAGAAUACAAGGCUUGAACAAGAUGAAAAUGACACGUGGCUAGGUAUGGGAAACCAGGAGCUUCUUAACUACUUCAGUGCAUAUGCUGCUGCUAAGGCUCGACACUCUUAUGGGCCACAAGGUCAUAGGGGGAUGAGUGUUUUGAUAUUUGAAGCCUCAGCUAUAGGUUAUCUUGAGGCCGAGCGUUUACACAAGCAUUUUGUAGAACAAAGAACUGAUCGAGAUUCCUGGUUUAGUAACAACCGUAGAUUAUUUCUCCCUGGUGGCAGGAGACAGCUCUAUGGAUACAUGGCAGUAAAAGAAGACCUGGACUUUUUUAACAGACAUUGCCAAGGUAAAUCUAGACUCAAAUAUAACAUGAGGUCAUACCAGGAGAUGGUUGUAAACCAACUUCGACAAAUGAAUGAGGACAACCAGCUACUUAAUUAUUUUAAGGACAGGGAUGCCAAAAAACAAAAACAAACAAAAGCUCUUGAAGAAUCUUUGGGUAUAGUGACUGAGAAGCUGCGAAGGACAAUGGAGGAAAAUCGCAUUGUCAGGUUAAGGACUAAAAUGCAGCAUGAAGAGAACAAGGAAGAGAUGUACAUGCAAGAACAAUUUUUUAAGGACCAGAUCAGAAUCAUUCAUGAUUCAAGGGCUGCAAAGGAAGAAGAUUUUGAGAGAAUGCAGCAAGAGAAACGUGAGAAGGUGAAGCAAUCAAGUGAAGAGGAAGGGAGAGUCAAGGUGAAUGAAUAUCUAAAGUUUGUUGAGUUUCAAGAUAAAGAAAUGGAAAACUUUGUUGCUGAAGAGGAGAAACUCCGUGAAGCUCAUAAGGACAAUGUUGCUGGAAUGACGAGGAGGCACUGGGAGGAAAAGGUGCAGUUGGAGGAAAGGUUCAAUGAGGAGCUUGCCAAGCUCAUGGAAAAGUAUUCCCUGUCUCACUCAGAACCCAAGUCCAAUGGCAUCUCAUGAUACAGUGUUGCACAUUGCAGACAAAAUAAACACAAUAAAUGGUUAGAGUGAUUGUUCUGUAGUGGAAGUAUUCCAGAGACAAGGAUAUCCAUGGAGAUAGACAUUGCAUAGCCAAAAAGGCUAUAACUUUUUAUGUGACCAAAUUUAGAUGGAGUAAAAUAUGACUUUGGCCUUGAAGGAGAGUGUUAAUGGGUUUUUUUUUUUUUUAAUGGUAUUUGUCUGAGAGGAUAUUUUAUGAUAGUUAAACAUAUUUUACAAUGAUGA